AUGCUGACGUUCCCGGAAGGCUUUGUCUGGGGCGCCGCCACCGCCGCGUACCAGAUCGAAGGCGCUGCCCACGAAGGCGGCCGCGGCCUCAGCAUCUGGGACGCCUUCUCCAAGACGCCCGGCAAAACCCUCAACGGCGACACCGGCGACAAGGCUGUCGACCACUACCACCUCUACAAGGAAGACGUCCAGCUCAUGGCCAACAUGGGCCUCCAGCACUACCGCCUCUCCAUCUCGUGGCCGCGCAUCCUUCCGACGGGCCGCAUGGACCACAUCAACGAGGAAGGCAUUGCGUUUUACAACAACCUUAUCGACGAGCUGCUGGCGCAUGGCAUCACGCCGAUCGUGACGCUGUACCACUGGGACCUCCCGCUGGCUCUUCAGACCGAGUUGGAUGGCUGGCUCGGGGGGCAAGUGGUGGUUGAUGCGUUCGCUGCGUACGCGCGCCUCUGCUUUGAGCGGUUUGGCGACCGCGUCAAGCAGUGGCUGACGCUCAACGAGCCAUGGUGCUCGGCGUUGCUCGGUCAUGGCACCGGCGACAUGGCGCCGGGCCGCAAGCACAAGUGCAAGACCGAGACGUACACGGCAGCACAUCAUCUCCUCCUGGCGCACGCCCAUGCCGUGCACGUCUACCGCACGGCGUUCCAGGCGUCCCAAAGCGGGACGAUCGGCCUCACGCUCAACUGCGAGUGGCGCGAGCCAAAGCCAUCGGACGACGCGGCCGCGCUCGCUCGCAACACGGAGGCCGCCGAGCGCUCAGUGCUCUUCGAGCUAGGCUGGUUUGCGGACCCCAUCUUCUUUGGCGACUACCCCGAGAUCAUGAAGACGCGUCUGGGAGAUCGCCUUCCGCGCUUUACACCUGCGCAAAUCGACCUCGUGCGCGGCAGCGUGGACUUCUUCGGCAUCAACAGCUAUGCCUCCAAGUACGCCGAGCCAGGAGCGGGCUACGACACACUGCCCGGCUACGACGGCUGUAUCUGGGACGACCAGGCCGUCGACGUCACGUCCGACCCGAGCUGGUCCCAGACUGACAUUGGCUGGAACAUUGUACCGUACGGCUUUCACAACCUCCUGCACUGGAUCCAGAAGCGCUAUGCACCGCCCGGUGGCAUUUACAUUUUUGAAAAUGGGUGCGCGGUCGCCGACGUCGACAAGGCUUCGGCAGCCAACGACACGGCGCGCAUCGCUUUUUACGAAGCGUACCUCACCCAAGUGCACCGAGCCAUCACGGAGACGGGUGUCGACGUCCGAGGCUACUUUGCGUGGUCGUUCAUCGACAACUACGAGUGGGCGUGCGGCUACACCAAGCGGUUUGGUCUCCACUGGGUCGACUACGAGACGAUGGAGCGCAUGCCAAAAGCAUCGGCGCGCUGGUUUAGCCACGUCAUUCGCGCCAACGGGCUCGGAAGCCGGGACGACGGGUCGACCAAGCAAUAGCGUUUCACGGCCUCGGAAUAGCGCGACCGAUUUGAAAAGAUUGAACGAACUCUGC